UCGAAGAUACAGUUAGAGAAGAAGAAGCUAAAAGAAUAGCUGAAAUGAUUUGGAAUCAAGAUGAAAGUGUAAUCAAGAGAAAAGACGUAGCCAGUUAUCUAGGCAAAGAGUAAUGCAAUGAUAAUUCAUAUAUAAACCAUGUGCUGACAUAGAUUCAUAGUGUGCCUUCUCACCAUAAAGUACUUGUUUGUUAUAUGAAUUACUUUAAUUUUAAAGAAAUGAGACUAGACGUUGCGUUUAGAAAGCUAUGUAGCAAGCUAUUCUUUAAAGCAGAGGCUCAAGAGAUUGAUAGAAUACUCAAGGUGUUUGCUUAUAAAUAUUGGACAGAGAACAAUGAUCCAUUGUAUAUGAAUGCAGACACAGUCUAUGCGAUCACUUACUCUAUGAUGUUAUUAAACACAGAUUUAUAUGUCAUUCAGUCUAAUCAACACACAAAAAUGACGUGCGAAUCAUUUUGUAAUAACGUUAUUUCUACACUAAGCGAGUUUGCAGAUAUUCAAGGACGUGAAAUAGCAUUAAGGCAACAUUUAGCAGAUAUUUAUACUUCCAUAAGGCAGCGGGGAAUUCUUCAGCCAAAGUUAUCAAGUAAAUCAAUACUCAGAAGAAUUCAUUCAUCGUCAAAAAAGCAUAGCUAAUAAAAUUCUCACGACUAUUCAACAAAAUGAGCAUGAUUUUUCUUUUUUUGGUAAUAGUAUCAAGGGAUUUGUGUAUCACAUGCAUAC